AUCCUCCGUCCGUCGGUCCGCAUCAGGACCCCGAUGCUGGAUGUGAUCCAGGUUUGCUGGAGUCCGGAGGCCGCCGGCCCGCAGAACAGCGUCCGGAUCCGGAUGGAGCCUCCGUCGCGGUUCGGUGUGGCGCGCGCGGGUUUAGGUGACUUCAUGUUGCUGGGCGGGGCUUCAUAGCAUCCCACCCGAACACCUCCCUCUGUAGCUCCGCCUCCUCUACCUGCUCCCCAGCCAUCCACCAUGACAACCACCUUGGAGAUGCUGCUGCUGAAGCCCGACCGCGAUCUGAGCCCCCAGUGGCUGAGCGGCUGCGGUGACAUCAGCGGGCGCUACACGGUGGUUCCCUCCGUUGUCUGCUCCAUGUGCUGCCUCUUCGGAAUUGUUUACUGCUUCUUUGGUUACCGCUGCUUCAAGGCGGUGAUGUUCCUGACGGGCCUGAUGUUCGGCUCCGUGGUCAUCUUCAUGCUCUGCUACAAGGAGCGCGUGUUGGACACCCAGCUGAGUGUGGAGGCCUCGGUGGGCAUCGGCCUGGGCAUCGGCACGCUCUGCGGCCUGGUCACCAUGCUGGUUCGGAGCGUGGGCCUGUUCAUGGUGGGCCUGCUGCUGGGCCUGUUGGUGGCUGUGGCCACCCUGGUGGGCAUGGAGGAGCUUUCCAACAGCCCGCCACGCUCCGUCUGGGUGCCCCUGGGCGUGCUGCUUGGCCUAGGCAUGCUGUUCGCCGUGCUUACGCUGCAGUGGCAGUGCCUCUUCACCACCCUGUCCACAGCCAUGUUCGGUGCGGCGGUCAUCACUGUGGCGUUGGACUACUUUGUGGAGCUCUUCGCCCUCCUGUUGUACGUGUACGAGCGCAUUAAAGCGGCGCCAGGCAAGCCGGUGUGCUGGAUGACGUGGGUGGUGCUUGGGGUGUGGCCCGCCCUCACGCUGCUGGGUGUGAUGGUGCAGUGGAAGGUGACCGCUGAGGGUUACUCCCACACAAAGGUGAUCAUCAGCCGGCAGCAGAGGAGGAUGCAGGUGAUGCGGAUUCGCCAGCGGGACGACCGCUAUCGCAACAAGAAGAAGAAGAAGCAGCAACAUGGCUCCGCCUCUCACCAUCAGGCCAAACAGCUCCACCCAGAGGCCGCCUACCGCCGCAAACCAAACCCCAUCCGCCGCUACGACACAGACGUCCUGUCGCCAAGCUACAUCCAGAGUUUCCGCGACCGGCAGGUUCAGGCGCAGCCUUUUCCAGGGCGGCUGGUGCGUGGGGCCCACGACAUUGUGGAUGUGGGCUAUGAAUACGGCUCGACCACGCACCUCACCAGCGCUGCAGGACCAUCGUUACGGGUCUGACCAC